AUGGCCGGUAUCCUUUAUAGAGUGCCGAACAUCUACAUAGCGACGGAUAUGAUCUGUGCAUUCCCGACGGAAACUGAGGAGGAUUUCGAGGAAAGCAUGCAACUCGUCCGUGACUACCAAUUCCCGUCACUUUUCAUCAAUCAAUUCUAUCCACGUUCUGGCACACCGGCGGCAAGGAUGAAAAAGAUCGAUACGGUAGAGGCUCGACGUCGAACAGCAGCCAUGUCAGCUUUGUUCCGAGAGUACAGCCGGUACACCAAGGAACGCAUCGGCGAAGAACACGAUGUAUUAGUUGUGUGA